AUGUCUAAACUAAACUCCCAUGGGGCUACCGGGCUUAAGAAUAUUAAUCUUGAAGAGAUAUGGACCGAUCUAGAAGCAGGGAUAAAGCAGGUGUACAAAGGCGAACUGAGUUUGGGCAUCGCGCGCUACAUGGAACUGUACACACAUGUCUACAAUUAUUGCACGAGUGUACACCAGCAGCCGAAUUCCCGCACGGGCUCGUCGAAGGUAUCGAAAAAGGGCAUUAGCGUACCGCCGGGCGGUGCCCAGCUGGUCGGCCAGGAGCUGUACAAACGGUUGAAGGAGUUCCUCGAGAACUAUCUCGUCCGGUUGCACCAGAAUGGGAUCGAUCUGAUGGGCGAGGAAGUGCUAAACUUCUACACCAAGCGCUGGGAGGAUUAUCAGUUCUCGAGCAAGGUGCUGAACGGUGUCUGCGCCUACCUCAACCGACACUGGGUGAAGCGCGAAUGCGAGGAGGGCCGGAAGGACGUGUACGAAAUCUAUCAACUGGCGCUGGUAACCUGGCGGGGCAAUUUGUUCAAGCAUUUGAACAAGCAAGUGACCAACGCCGUACUGAAGCUGAUCGAGCGUGAGCGCAAUGGAGAAACGAUCAACUCCAGGCUGGUGUCCGGUGUCAUCAACUGCUAUGUGGAGCUCGGACUCAACGAGGAUGAUCCGCACGCAAAGGGCCAGAAUCUGUCCGUGUACAAGGAAAGCUUUGAAAACAUUUUCCUCGAAGACACCGAACGAUUCUAUACGCGUGAAAGUGCCGACUUUUUGCGCGAAAAUCCCGUCACGGAGUACAUGAAGCGGGUUGAGUUGCGUUUGAACGAGGAGCAGAAACGUGUACAGGUUUACCUGCAUGAAAGUACAUUGGAUCGACUAGCGGAGAAGUGUGAACGUGUGCUGAUUCACAAUCAUCUCGAUCAGUUCCGGACCGAGUUCCAGAACUUGCUGAACUCGGACAAGAACCAAGAUCUGGGCCGGAUGUAUUCGUUGGUCGCUCGCAUCAAGGCGGGUCUAUUCGAACUGAAGGAGAUCCUAGAAACACACAUCCACAAUCAGGGUCUGGCGGCUAUAGAGAAGUGUGGCGAUUCUGCUGUAAAUGAUCCUAAAAUUUACGUCCAAACCAUUCUGGAAGUACACAAGAAAUACAACGCAUUAGUACUUACUGCUUUUAACAACGACAGCGGUUUCGUGGCGGCGCUCGAUAAGGCGUGCGGCAAAUUCAUCAACACAAAUGCUGUAACCGAGCUGAGCAGAAGCGCAAGCAAAAGUCCAGAACUGCUCGCUAAGUAUUGUGACUUACUGCUGAAGAAAUCUAGCAAAAACCCUGAGGAGGCCGAACUGGAGGACACGCUGAAUCAAGUGAUGGUUGUGUUCAAAUACAUCGAAGACAAGGAUGUUUUCCAAAAGUUUUACAGCAAGAUGCUGGCGAAACGACUUUGCCAACACAUGUCGGCCAGCGAUGAUGCGGAGGCAUCGAUGAUAUCGAAACUGAAACAGGCAUGUGGCUUCGAAUACACCAGCAAGCUGCAGCGAAUGUUCCAGGACAUCGGUGUGUCGAAGGAUCUGAACGACCAGUACCGGAAGCAUCACGAGAAGCUGCGGGAUACGCGAAGCUCGGGACAGAACGAAAUAGAUUUCAGCAUUCUGGUGCUAUCGAGCGGCUCGUGGCCAUUCGGUCAGGGCUUCACAUUUUCCCUUCCGUUCGAGCUGGAACAAUCGGUCCAUCGAUUCAACAAUUUCUACGCCAAGCAACAUUCCGGCCGUAAACUGAACUGGUUGUACAAUAUGUGCCGCGGCGAACUCAUUACAAACUGUUUCCGUAUGCGAUAUACACUGCAGGCUAGUACCUUCCAAAUGGCUGUCUUGCUGCAAUUCAAUGAGGAAACGGCCUGGAGUAUCAAACAGUUGGGAGAAAACACUGGUAUCAACAAUGAGAACCUUAUACAAGUGCUUCCAAUAUUGCUGAAAACAAAAUUACUUAAUUGCUACGAAGGCGAAGGAAAGCUUCACCCGGACUCAACCAUCGAGCUAAACAAGGACUUUAAAAACCGUAAACUCCGCAUCAACAUAAACUUCCCGCUGAAGUCGGAACUGAAGGUGGAGCAGGAAGCCACUCAUAAGAACAUUGAGGAAGAUCGCAAGAUACUCAUACAGGCGGCAAUCGUGCGUAUAAUGAAAAUGCGAAAGAUGCUCAACCACACGCAGCUCGUGAACGAGGUGUUGAAUCAACUGUCCACACGAUUUAAGCCCAAGAUUCAAGUGAUAAAGAAAUGUAUCGAUAUUCUGAUAGAGAAAGAAUAUCUGGAACGUCAGGAAGGACAAAAGGAUACCUACAGCUAUCUGGCUUGAUCAGUGAUAAUUUUAAUCAGUAGUGUAGUUAUCUAAAACACGUAUUUUCAAUAUCAAGCA